GUCGGUAAGGUCAGAGUCUGUUGCGAUAGAGGCGUCGUUUCUGAGCAGAAUUUUCGCAACUUUCUCUCUAGUGGAUUGCAGAAGGGAAGUUCACUUUUCUCCUUUCAAGGACCUCACAAAAUAUCCUUAUGAUCGGAAGAUAUGCUCUCGUGGGUACUACCCACUUUCUCUGCACAGCUUUGGCUUUGAAAAUUUUGAAUUUCGUACUACCCUAUUUUCUGACAUGCUACUACCAUUGCAUGGCUCAUUUCAUAAUGUGCACGAUUGUCGCGAAAUUGACUUUUGAUUUCACAAAAAGGAAGUUUUUGAGCGAUAAAAUACAGCCAGAUAACAAGGCAGUCUUCAUAACAGGUUGUGACAGCGGAUUCGGCCAUGCUCUUGCUAAACAAUUGGAUUCUCGUGGUUUCCAUGUUUUCGCCGGCUGCCUGGAUGCUAAUGGAUCCGGCGCGGUAGAACUGAAAAAGAACUGCUCGAAGCGGUUGCAAAUACUGCAGAUCGAUGUGACCGACGACGACAGCGUCGGAGCAGCUGUCCAGUUCGUAAAGGACAAUUUGGACACUUCCGAGUUGUGGGCCAUCAUUAAUAAUGCUGGAAUUCAAAAAGGAUUCUUAACAGAGCUUAGUAGUAUUCAAGAUUUUAAAGAUACUAUGGAGGUCAAUGCUAUUGGUCCAGUCAGAGUGACCAAAGCUUUCUUACCUCUCCUCAGGCAGUCCAGGGGGCGAGUUGUCAACGUUGCAAGCAUGGCAGGUCGAAUAGAGCUUCCUAUGUGUGCAUCCUAUACCAUGAGUAAAUUUGCUUGCGUAGGAUUCAGCGAAUGCAUUCGGCAUGAGCUAGAUGUAUGGGGUAUAAGAGUCAUUUCUAUAGAGCCUGAAUUUUUUGAAACAAGUAUGACGAAUCCCAAUCACAUAUCAAGAAAAAUUGACGAAUCAUUCGCUACCAUUGAUGAAGAUGUCAAGGCAGAUUAUGGCGAGCAGUUCAUCAGAAACUUCAAAAUGCACACGAAUCUGGUAGUGUCUUCGUCGAGAGUAUACAAGGUCCUCAAUGCAAUUGAACUGGCAGUCAGUCUCGAACAUCCUGAUUUUGUCUACAGGCCAUGUAGAAAUAUUUUUGCUCGGAUGUUUUACAAAUUUUAUGAAAUUUCACCAAAAACUUUUCAGCUGUUGAUUAUAAAAUUUUUACUCUACAUGACAAGUUUCCCAAAACCCAAGGAAGCAGAUAAUAAUCUGUAGAACAUUAAUUUAUUUUUAAACUGUUUUCAUAGCGCUGUAUCAGCAUCACAUAUCAAAUGGAUUCCAGUAAUAUCUUCUAUAAGAUGAUGUUACAUAGCUGCAUUACCUGAAUGGUAUUUAUUGUUUUGAAAUCUAUAAAUAAUAAAAAUCAUGCGUUUAUUAGA